AUGUAUGCAGCAAAUGAUGAUGAAGAUUGGGUUUAUCUACAUCAAACUCCGCCCGUUCAUACGAUCUCUCGAGGACGAGUAAAUCUCACGGAGCGUAGACGUGCAAAUUCGUCAUCGAGUAGUAGUAUUACGAGUUGUUCAUCUCAAUCGAAUCGAAGUGUUUCAUUAUCGUCAAUCUGUUCAACCGAACUUGAACAAGCACAAAAUGACGAUCAUACAAUCAAUAAUAAUGUAUUGCCAACAUCUAUUAACAAUCAGUUGGAUCAUUCAGCGCUUGAACAGGAAAAUUCUCUGUUAGAAUCAACGAAUAUUGAAGAGACAGUAUUAUUUCUUCGUCAUGAACAAGCUACGCAAACUAGUUCUGAUACGGUAGAAGUUCAAACUCAAUCAAGUCAAACCUUGCCAUUCACACACAGUAUUGUUUAUAACAGUAAACCACAACGACGGUGUUCGACUGGUGUGCUUACUCAACGAACAGAUUUUCGUCGAGCUAACCCGCCGCGUCGAUCAUCGCAACGUUUCGAUUCCAAUGACACAUUCAUAUCUUAUCAGUCGACGAUGAAGCGAAUUUCGAAGGAACUCGACAGAACUAAUCAACGUUUAAACGAAGUUCAAGAUAUUCCAAUUGAAAACAUCGAAGAAAAACUGACUAAACAAUUGGAAGACAAACUCCAGAAUUUAGUCAAUCAACAAUUAGCUUGGCAUGAUUAUGAGAGAAAUACUUUUGUUAGACAAAUACGUGAACUUCGACAAGUUCUCAAUAUGACCCAACAGAACUUAACCAAUAAAAUUUAUCGACUGACGAAAGAAAAUGAUCGAUUACAAGAACGAAUUAAAUCAUUAGAACAUCGAACAGAGAAAAAACAUCCGCAAGUACUCGUGAAAGACAAUACUAAAUGUGGUAAUACAUCAGGCUCAACGUUAGAUAGAUUCGUAUCAAAUGUAUUCAAACAGACAAUAUCUAUCGCGACAAACACGUCCAUGAAUUUCUCAGGUUUUUUUGAGCAUUUAAGUGCGUCGGUUACUAAUUUAGUCGAUUCGCGGUAUGAAUACAUGAAUAUAAGUAAAGAAGUACUGGGACGUGCGUCAACAGCUGAAAAAGUUCAAAUAUCGCUUCGUCAGAGCGUCGAAAGUCUUUCGUCAUCGUUUCGCAAAGCCAGAUCGACUUAUUCUUCAUGGCGUAAAUUACACGUCCAGCAUCGAGAGCCUUAUCCAUGGGGAUGGCCGUGCCGAUACGAUGAACACCGUUGUUAUUCGAAAUUCGAAUCUUCGAUGAAUAAAAUCCGUUCGAUGAAGAACUGGAUGAUCAAAAUGUUCCGAGCAUAA